AGGAAAGAAAAACUACAGCAGAAAAGAGCUCCGGCUUGUGAGGAGUGUGGUUAGGAAGUGUGUGCUUGUCACUGAACCCUGAGUGGGUCCUGUAACCUUUGCCUUCCACUGGGUGGAGUACAGCCUUUAAGAGCAGCUGGAAUGCAGUUCCCCUGAUCAGCUUAACCAUCUGCUAGCCCUAGAGAGCAGUGCUCACUUCAGACCAACCAGCCUCCGGUGCUUCUCGCCCGAGCAAGAAACUUUUCAGCGAGGGAAGUAGGUUUCCAUCUGUCCAGCCAUGGGAGAGGACGCUGCACAGGCAGAAAAGUUCCAGCACCCAAAUACAGACAUGCUCCAGGAGAAGCCAUCCAACCCCAGCCCAAUGCCUUCCUCCACCCCGAGCCCCAGCCUGAAUCUGGGGUCCACAGAGGAGGCCAUCCGAGACAACUCACAGGUGAAUGCUGUCACCGUGCACACUCUCCUAGAUAAAUUGGUCAACAUGCUGGACGCCGUGAGGGAGAACCAGCACAACAUGGAGCAGCGGCAGAUCAACCUGGAGGGCUCGGUGAAGGGCAUCCAGAACGACCUCACCAAGCUCUCCAAGUACCAGGCCUCCACCAGCAACACAGUGAGCAAGCUGCUGGAGAAGUCUCGCAAGGUCAGCGCUCACACGCGUGCUGUUCGGGAGCGCCUAGAGAAGCAGUGUGUACAGGUGAAGAAGCUGGAGAACAACCACGCCCAACUCCUCCGACGCAACCACUUCAAAGUGCUCAUCUUCCAGGAAGAAAGUGAGAUCCCUGCCAGUGUGUUUGUGAAGGAGCCAGUUCCCAGCACUGCAGAAGGCAAGGAGCUUGCUGAUGAGAACAAGUCCUUGGAGGAAACUCUGCACAAUGUGGACCUCUCCUCCGAUGACGAAUUGCCCCGUGAUGAGGAAGCCCUGGAAGAUAGUGCAGAAGAGAAGAUGGAGGAAAGCAGGGCAGAAAAGAUAAAAAGAUCCAGCCUCAAGAAAGUGGAUAGCCUCAAGAAAGCAUUUUCUCGCCAGAACAUCGAGAAAAAGAUGAACAAGCUGGGAACAAAGAUCGUAUCUGUUGAGAGGAGAGAAAAGAUUAAGAAAUCGCUCACGCCCAACCACCAGAAAGCAUCAUCUGGGAAAAGCUCCCCCUUCAAGGUUUCUCCCCUCUCUUUUGGUCGGAAGAAAGUCCGAGAGGGAGAAAGCUCUGCAGAAAAUGAGACCAAAUUGGAAGAGCAGCUGCAGGACGACCGUGAGGAGGGCUCGUUCACAGAAGGUCUUUCUGAAGCAUCCCUCCCCAGCGGCCUGUUGGAGGGCAGCGCAGAAGAUGCUGAGAAGUCAGCAUUGAGAGGGAACAACUCAGGCGUGGGCAGCAACGCCGAUCUGACCAUUGAAGAAGAUGAAGAAGAGGAGUCGGUGGCCCUGCAGCAGGCCCAGCAGGUGCGCUAUGAGAGUGGCUACAUGCUCAACUCCAAGGAGAUGGAGGAAUCCAGUGAGAAACAGGUCCAGGCGGCUGUGCUGCAUGUGGAUCAGACUGCCUGAGUGCACAGCCAGAAGACUGGGCAAGCUGCACUCAGCAGCUCGCUCAGGUGCAUCCACAUCGUGGAAGCCACCUCUGUACCUCUUCAUCUCCACCUGCUCCCGAUGGUGACUGUCCAGGCCUUAAUCACUAACCAUACAGUAGCCUCGGACAUACAGGGGAUCACAGAAGCAAACUGCCAGGGAUUCCAUUUCUAAUUUGCUCGUAGGUUCUAUUUCUGUAGAAUUUCUCCAAGAUUUCAAGAAGAAAGAAAUGGAGCAGUUUAAAAAAAAAAUCGACUAUCUCUUUGGCUUAGUCAGAAAAACUAGAGGCUAUUUAAGGUAGUAGUUAUAAAAAGUGAUUUUUUUUUUUUUUUUGCUCGUUCUAUCAGCUUGCUGAAUAGUGUGGCAGUAAUGUAGUGAAUUCUUACUGUAUUCUGUGAAUGAUUAUUCUUCAAGUAUGUGGUAUGGAACAUACAUAAGUCUGUAGGCUGAGAAUAUAACUAUUUUAAGAAGAAAACAUUUACAAAAGAUAGAGCAGAAGGGUCAGUUGGUUAUUCUCUUACAGAAACCAUUGUUUAUUGGAGGGGGCUGAAAGACUGUGCUGACAGGGAGCUAAUAGCACCGGGACUGCUGAGGUAGAAAACUAAGAUGGAAAGAUUGGAAAGUGAGAGAAAUGGAGGACGAAGAAUGGCAAAAAGAGUGACGACAAAGAGGAAAAAAGAUGUGCUUAAAAAGUGAAAUACUGGGGUUGGGGAUUUAGCUCAGUGGUAGAGCGCUUGCCUAGGAAGCAUAAGGCCCUGGGUUCAGUCCCCAGCUCCGAAAAAAAAAGAACCAAAAAAAAAAAAAAGUGAAAUACUAAUGUUUUAAACCUGUUUUGCUCUUUAACCAUCUAAAGAAGUUCAUUUAUCUUGUAGGAAUAUUUUAUCUUCUCAAUUAUUUUCAUAGUCUAGUAUUAGAUAACAUAACUAGAUAGAUAUUCUGGUUUAAAAACUGUGAUUCUUUUCGCUAAAUAAAUGGCAGUACACAUCUUUCUGUGACAAAAGGAUAUUGUCUCUUUAACAUUGGAACAAAUGUAAGUCUCAAAUAAGCAGCAUGGACUGUUUUAUGGGAACGUCAAUCAAAUGAAUUUUUAAUAUUUUCCACUUUGAAGUGACCUUUCCAUUCCAAGAACUAUAUAGGUUUAUGAGGUAUUCAAACUCGCAUGUUUAAGAACAGUAAAAUGCUGGGUUUCUUUUUUUUUUUUUAACACAUAAUGGUAAUUUCAUUCCAGGUAACAUUUUAUUUAUACAUUAACUCCACAGGAUUAUUAAUGUUUUAGCUUAUAAAAGCAUGCUAGUAUUUUAUUUCAUGUGAACGUUUGUUCUGUCUAACAUACUAAACCGUUGUUUUAGCUAUUUUUCAUUACAAAAUGGCAAUGCUUUGUCAUAUUGCAGUCUGAAGAUGGGAGACCCAGGGCUCGAACUCUGCUCUUACUGUGCAAUAGCACAUGUGAUCCUACACACAGAGAUGACCGGGCAGCAGUCCUGGGCUGCACCCUGACCCUCAGAAAGGGGUGAGAUGCAUAGCGGGUGUUGGUGGUGUACCUUGUUCAGCUCUGUUCCUAGUUUGCAAUUAAUGUAACCCCAAACACUGAAUUGUUGAACUAACAAUGCCUGUGUGAAAGAAGAUUAAAUAAACCAAAAAUAAAAAGUAUAUAACAA